GGAUGAGAUGGAACAUUUGUCGAUGACGGUGCAGAGGAGGAGCACAUAAAUCUCAAUCGCGUCUGCUUUAUUCGUGCUCGUAACCAUGCCACAUCGUUUUUUUAACGAUCAUCGCUUCAUUCAGCAGGCGCGAGAUAUGGCUCAUCUGCGAUAAACUUUACCGCACAAAAACUAUAUACAGAAACAAUAAUGACACCGCGUGACAGGUGAUUAAAAAGGGGCGCAGGGAGACAUUCUAGCGACAUUCCCACGCUAUUAUCCGGCAACCGAUCGUUAUGCGUGCAUACAUACGCGCGAUGGGUCGCUUCUCCGCGAAUGUGGAAGCGAUGCUUCGCGUUCAUGAGAAAUGCUGAGUCUUUCACGGUCGCUGCGCUCAGUAACGCGUUGUGCGCAGGCACAACACACAUCGUCGUGGGCAUUUGUCCAUAAUUUCGCAGACAGUAGCCGCCUUGCUUUCGAUACGAACCGUUUGUACCUCUGCCUCGGCGCGGCAGUUCUGGCCUAAUUGUGGCCUAAUAGCCAAGAGCUGUCCCUCUCGACUCCUGCCUCAAUAAUUAGACCUAACGAGAUGGCGGACGAUUCGAGCGUACGUGUUGCCGUACGGAUAAGGCCUCAGGUAGCUCGCGAAGUGAUCGACAUGUGCAGGAUUUGUACUCAAGUACCUCAAGGGGAGCCGCAGGUUUUCCUCGGACCCGACAAGGCCUUUACUUACGAUUACGUUUUUGAUACUCAAUCGGAUCAGGGGUCGAUUUACGAAACGUGCGUGAAUCGUCUCGUGGAAGGCGCGUUGGACGGAUACAACGCGACUGUCUUCGCCUACGGGCAGACCGGUUCGGGCAAAACUUACACCAUGGGCACCGGUUUCGACGUCGAAGUCGACGAAGAUAUAAUCGGAAUCAUCCCCAGAGCCAUCGAGCACCUCUUCAACGGGAUAGUGGAUAAGCAGGAACGCGCCAAGGAACGCGCGCAAAUGCCUCCGGAGUUCAAGGUUACAGCGCAAUUCCUGGAAUUAUAUAACGAGGACUUAAAGGACCUCCUGGAGCCGGGAGGGCCGAGAGGCGGUGCGCGUAUCCACGAGGACACAGCGGGUAACAUACACCUGGCCGGAGUGGAAUCGCGCGUGGUCACCAGUCCCGAACAAGCGCUGGAGUAUCUGCGAUUAGGCGCGCUGUCCCGCACAACGGGAUCCACGCAGAUGAACACGCAAUCCUCGAGGUCGCACGCGAUAUUCACGCUAUACAUCAAGCAGCAGAGAUGCAUCAAGGUCGAGGACCCGGACGCGGAUGUCGACACAAGCGGCGCCGAGCUGACGAAUGAAUUUGAAACGCUGACCGCCAAAUUUCACUUCGUCGACCUGGCCGGCUCCGAGAGGCUCAAGAGAACCGGCGCCACCGGCGAACGAGCGAAGGAAGGCAUCUCCAUAAACUGUGGAUUGUUGGCGUUGGGUAAUGUCAUUUCCGCUCUCGGUGAUAAGACGAAAAAAGCCUCGCACAUACCAUACAGAGACUCAAAAUUAACCAGAUUACUUCAAGAUUCUCUCGGAGGAAAUAGUCAAACUGUUAUGAUAGCGUGCGUAUCGCCGAGUGAUAGAGAUUUUAUGGAAACCCUAAGUACUCUAAAAUAUGCGAAUCGAGCGAGAAAUAUAAAGAACAAAGUUACUAUCAAUCAGGACAAGAGUUCGCGAACAAUCGCUUCGUUACGACGAGAAAUUCAACAGCUUCAACUGGAAUUGAUGGAAUACAGACAAGGCAAAAGAGUCGUUGGUGAAGAUGGUGUCAACGAUGCCUGGCAUGAAAAUCAGAUGUUGAACAGCGAAUUGCAGAGUUUGCGAACCAGAGUGAAAGCGCUUUCGGAAACGGUUGAAGCUUUAACUGCCAAGAAUGUUCUCUUACUGGCAGAGAAGGCAGCAGGUCAGUGGGUAGCUGCAAUAAGUGGAGGUGACGAACAGGUGACUAGUUUGGUACAAGGUUACGUUCAAGAAAUAGAAGAGUUGAGAGCUCGUCUAUUAGAAGCUGAAGCUAUGUAUCAGCAAUUAAAGAAGAGACAGAUGCAGGUUAGCGCAGCAAAUCCAUAUGGGGACAGUUCAUUCCAUUCUGAUUCUGCAUCUGUGUUAAUCGAUGCUAAAAGGGAUGUCAAAAAAGAGAUAGAAACGCUGAAAGCCUUGAAGGAACAACACAGUGGUAACGUUACCGCCAAAUCAGACGAAGGAGAAAUCGACGUUACGGAGAAUGCGCAGGAUUCUGCAAGCGAGGACGAUUCCGAUGAUGACUCGGAUCGUAAAGAAGAAGAUGAAGAAGAAGAGGCUAUGGGUCGCGAACUAGAGGCGUUGACAUCCAACAUUGAUGUUAAACAGCGUCUGAUACAAGAGCUCGAGCUCUCUCAGAGACGUUUGCAGACUAUGAAGCAACAUUACGAGGACAAAUUGGCUCAAUUGCAGACUCGUAUAAAUACGCAGGAGGAAAGGGAUAAAGUGUUGCUUUCCUUGCAACAGCAACCCAUACCGCCUACGGAAAAGGUGAAGAAAUUACGGGACGAGUACGAGAAGAAACUCUCGAACAUGCAGAAGGAGAUGCGACUCCUUCAAUCCGCUAAGAAGGAGCACGCGAGGUUGCUGAAGAACCAGUCACAGAACGAGAAUCGAUUGAGGGGUCUGAGGAAUGAACUCUCGGAGAUGAAGCGGGCGAAGGUGAAGCUGUUGAACAAGAUGCGGGAGGAGGCGCAGCGGCACAAGGAAAACGAGCUGAGACGCAACAGAGAGAUCGCUCAAUUACGCAAGGAGAGUCGCAGGCACGCGAAUGUGAUCAGAACACUGGAGGCGGACAAGAGGAUGAAGGAGGUUGUGCUUAGACGUAAGCAGGAGGAAGUGACGGCUCUGCGAAAGCGAGACCGAGGAUUGAGUCAGAAGGCCGCGGGUCGUGCACCGGUCAGACCGCUCAAUCCUAAAGCGCUGAAGCAAAGGUGGCAGACCUUCGAGAGGACCAUCACCAAGCAAGCAUUGGCGAAGCAAGCCGUCGCGGAGACGGAGAGGGAGAUGGAGAGGCUGCUUCAGGAGAGGGAAGAGUUGGGAAGGGAUCUGGAGAGGCUCCAGAAACAUAGAAGUCAAAUAACGACUGCCAGAGGCGACACCAGCGACGUAGACGAAGAGUCGACAAUGUGCGGAGCAAAAUCAGUUAUUUGCAGGACAGUAUCUCGGAAUGUCAACGUGAUAUGUCGAAAUGGCGACGGUGAGGCGGAAGGUGAACCCGGUGUCGAGGCGCUCAUCUCCACGAUUCGUACAGUGGACGAAGCGCAUACUUGCUACAGCGAAUGCUUGCGUUUACCGUAG